AUGGCGUCCUCAAAUGCAGGAAAUAGCGUAGAGAAAAAAAAAAAAAGUCGGAAAAGAAAACGAAACAGUGGUAUUCCAGGUUUUGAAAAAAAAUCAUCUUCAACACCUGAGGUAACCUCUCAAGCCCCAAGAUCAAAAAAAACAGAGCAAUUCGCUGAAGCUCGUGCAUUGGAAAUCAAGAACAUGGUAGCAGCUAUCACAGAAGCUGACAAAUCUAAAGGGAAGCGAGUGUUUCAAACUCUACCAAACCACAUGAGGAGAAGAGCAAUGAGCCACAACGUCAAAAGAGUGCCUGUUCGUCUCCGGCAACGUGCUUCGUAUGAGAUGCAUAACUCAGGCGGUAAACCUGAAGGGCAGAAGAAAAAGAGUAGGCAUCAUCGCCGUCGGCCCAAAAACCUGCUUAAAAAAAACAAUCGUCGGCAGCGUAAGCACGUCUGGCUUGAAACACACAUUUGGCAUGCUAAGCGGAUGAAAAUGAUUGAUGCUUGGGGCUACAGGCUAAAAAAAAAUCCCAAUGAUAAAGGCUACAGAGCAAGUUAUAGGGCUGCUAAAAAAAAUUGCAUCUUACAGGAUAUGUCUUAUUAUGGAUGCAUCGAGGUUAUUGGUGUCCAGAGCCAGAUCAUCCAGGCAAUGAAUCACUUAACAAGUUUGACCUUUGGUGCCAAACAUUAUUUGACUGGAAAUCGUGAGGGUCAUCUGAUGUUGUACAAACUUGACCAGUUCCCUCAAGGAGCUAUUAGUCCUGUAUCUUUUCUUUGGAGACAAAUAAUAAAAACAGAUGCCACAACAAUCACUGAGAAUAUGCAACACAGAGAAAAGGAUGAACUGAUCCAGCAUACUGUUGAUAGUGACAAUGUAACAUACAGUCACAGCUUGGAAGCAAACAAUGAAAUGCAUAUCAAGGCAAAUAAGUGUCAGUUGUGGAUAUGGUGUCAUCCUGCAAGUUUCAGUUCCGUUUUUGAGGCAAUAAGUGAAGCUUGUAGGUCUGUUGGAAGAACUUCAGUUGAAAAGGAAAGGUGUUUUCCUGUUGCCCCAGAUAAAGAUGAGACUCCAGUCCAAGAAACUCAAAGAUGUAAUUUUGUUAAUGAUUUUGAGCACCCAGAGUUAAGGGUUAUGUCUCGUCAAUAUGAUUUACUACGGUUACGUCUAACAGGACCAGAAUCACACGCACUGCUGACAAACACUUUAGAGAUAUCUUGUAGUACAUCACAAAAACACUUUGAAAACAAAAGUGACAAGAAUUCGCAAUAUAAUUCAACAUUUAUCAAAGACAAGGGUGAUCAUAAAGGAUCUUCAAAGUGGCAGCAGCAUGUACUAAACAACCCAAGUAAUUCAACAGCUCAAAGUUCAUUAUGGGAGAAAUUAAAGAAGGCCUCUUCAACAUCAGCCCUUCCUUCUGGAUGUAUCAUUGGUUUGACUGUUCAUGAUCCUCGCCUUUACCUUCCUGGAAAGAAAAAAAACAUCAUGCAUUCCACUGAAGAUAUUGAUUUUGACGAUUUAGACUAUUGUGAUGAAAGUACGUCUGCACCUAGUGAGUUGAUGAGCAAAGUAGAUACAACCAUGAGCAAGCAGUCAUCUUUUGAACAUCUUGUCACCAACUGGCCAACUGAUGUAGCAAGCUCCCACAUCUGGGAGGAGGCAGUUCGUCAGGAAGUAAAAGAAACCAAAAUAUCUGAGCAGGAUUUGAACCAAAAGAGAUCCUUGCUCCUAGUUCCAGGCUCCCAGCUGGAUUUGAGACCAGAUGAGAUUUCCCACAUUCCUUUGCUUCUCAUACAACAACCAGGAAGUCCAGGUGACUGUAGAGAUGGUGCUGGAUACCGGAGUGGCUGGGACAUUAUCCUUCCCAGUGGAUGGGCCAUGGCAUUCUGGAUGGCCUUUGUCUAUAGGGGUGCAAGAACUGGGGGACUCAGAGAGAGCCAAACGUUAGCCCUUGAGCAAGGAAUGCCGUUCUUCCCAAAUGAUUUCCCAGACACCCCUGCGGGAGAGGCGUACUAUGAGAAGUUGAAAGAAGACGGCGAGGCCCAGUACGGCCGAUACCCUCCAGCGAAAAGACCUAAUUACGACAAACUAGGUAUCAAGUCGCCCUUUUGUCCGCCUUGGAAAGAACUUGUCGAGGACUGGAGUUUGUCUGAGGCUGAUCCUGGAGGUAAGGCAGUCGAAUCCACCGAGACUACUGACAGCAAUAACAAAUGCAACACAACAAAUGUCGAGUCGUCUUCGAAGGAUGUCUCACUUUGCAGGUCUGUUCACGUGUUGCGAUCUCGCUCUAAACUGGCUGCUUUGCGGAACUUUGUUUUGCGAUGUAAGGCAAAACAGACUAAAGGUAUAGACUUCAAGCAUUCGGUCAAAACAACUAAAUUGCCUUUACCGAUGAAUAAUGAUUUGUCUGCCAUCUUGAAAGACGAUGCCAAUUCUCUGGUAUGCGUGCUUGUGCGGAUGGUCGGUCGAAACGUUCCUGUACCCAACUCCACCUUAGCAAUUCCUUCUGAAGAGGAUGUUACAGGACUCACGAAAUGUAAGAACACCUCCGGCCCUGUGGAACCUCUGCACAAAGGUGCACUGGCUCGCACAUCUGAGAAAUCUUUAAGGAACUUUUGCACGAGAGAAAUCAUGGGAUUUGUUUCAUCCGGACAGUUCUCCCUUGCCCGUGGAUGUGGGUUUGGGGUAGGAUUCUGUGCUCUACCGGGUCUUGCAAAAUUACUAUCUUCCACAAGCAACAAAGGAGAAGUUGUGGUGUUAGUGAGGAGUCCAACUACUCAACAGUAUAGAUUUGCCCAUUUGACCAUAAUGUAGUCUAAAUUCUUUCGGUGUUUACGCUGAACACAGUUGUAUUUAAUUUACAACUAACUGAACCGCUCAAAGCCUCAUUGCGUUUGAGUUACUUCGUCUUACUUGAAACGAAGUUCAGCUAAGUACCACAUUUAUCUCUUCAACGUUAAUCUUUACAUGCUUAUCCAUUUGUUAACUCGUCUAAACGAGUGAUGUGUUUUCUCUUUAAUUCCGUAUCAGUAAAGUUAAACUCUCAGAGCUCUUGUUGAUAUCAACUGCUUAAGAGUCAGAAUGGAAGAAAUAAAGACCUCUUGGUUCUUGAAACACUAA